AUGGAUGAUAAAAAUAAUGUGAAUAUAGAACUUGAGGAUAUCGGAGAAUCAAGUAAUCCAAAUAAUAAUAAUAUAAAUACACCAAAUAGUGAUAAUCAUAAUAAAAAAGAUAAUAACAUUAAUAGUAUUAAUCAAAAGAAAAAAAGUAAAUGGGGAGUAAGAAAUAAAUUAAGACUUGUAAAUCAAAAGGGUUCUAGUUUCCCAGGUGGUCUUGUUCGAUACCGAGGAAAAAAAGCGACCACCGAUCUUGUAAUUGAAUCAUCAGGUGAAGUAGUCGAGGUUGAUAAAGAUGAAAAAGCAUAUGAACCCACCGCUACCAAAGUACAGUUUUACGAGGUAUUCAAAUUGUUUCUUGGCCUAGACGAACUGAAAAGUACUGCUCUCUACAAGUCAGCGAUGAUAGAGUUUUUGGGAACAACAGUAUUCACCUACAUAUCGAUUGGAAUUGUAAUUGCCACUGUUAAUUAUUACAAUUUCAGUGUUCCCUAUCACGACCCUCCAUCACCCGGUCUAGUUCCACAUCCCGGGCAAUCAAUCGUUUUGGCCAUUGCUCAUAUACUCUUAUUUUUAAUAGUUUUAAUUAGUAUAUCACCAGGUAGUGGUGGAAUUCUUAAUUGUACAAUCACUCUAGCAACCAUUCUAACUGGAUACACAACACUAUCGAAAGGAAUUAUUUAUAUAAUUGUUCAGAUUUUGGGUUCAAUUGUUGGUGCAGCGAUGAUGUAUGCUUCACUUCCAUAUGAAAUUGUAGCAAGAACAAAGCUGGGAGUAUGUGACUAUGGAAAUAAUUAUAGUGCAGGUAAUGCAUUGGUCACGGAAUAUAUGUUAUCGAUAUUCAAUUUAAUGGUUGUUUUUGGAGCUGCACUUGACCCACGUCAAGCCCAACAGUUUGGAAAUCUUACACCUCUAGUACUUGCAGCAUUUACACUUGGAAUUUCAAUUUAUAUGCCAGCUGGACUUGGAUUUCAAGCUGCACCCGGCUUUAGCAUUAACAGAUGCUUAUCCUCAGCUCUAGUUUUCGGACAUUGGAAUAGUAAGUAUCAACAACAACAACAACAACCUUUCUUUACUACAGCAAAAGCAACAUCACCAUCAUUUAAUAGCAACUAUAUAAAUAAGAAGAAAAUGCAGCAACGAGAAGAAGCAGAAUCAGAAUCAUCAUCAGCUGCUGCGCUAAAAAACAUUGAAGAGUUGGACGAAAAACACAGAUUGAGUAUCACUACUUUCAAUAUAUUGGCACCUUGUUAUGAGAAGAGCACCGAGCAUUCCUACUCGAGACAAGAAGAUAUCAUAAAGACAUUGCUAUCGUUAAACUCUGACAUCAUUAAUCUACAGGAGUUCUAUUUUAACGAGGAGUUUGAAUCGCUUUACACCACUAGAUUGGCAGCUAAAUACAACUCGAUCGCUCUUAAGAGAACCAAUCAAAAGAAAGAUGGACUUGCAAUAUUCAUAAAGAGAAGUUACCAGAUUAUAACUAAAAAACCAUUGAGAUUCAAUGAUCAAGGUGAUAGAGUUGCUUUAUUUUUACAUAUUAAAUCAGAUAUUGGAGCAGAGUUUAUCAUUGUCAAUACACAUCUUACAUUCCCUCAUAAUCAAUUCGAUGAGGAGGUGCUAAGACUUUCACAAAUCCAAUCGGUACAAGCGAGUAUCGAUAGUUAUGUUCGACAGUUGAAUGUUGGCUACGAGUUACCGGUACUGAUAUGUGGAGAUUUCAACUCACCUAAUGGCUUGAUUGACAAAUGCGUCGUCUAUCAAUUCUUAAAGACCAACCAAUACCUUUCUACAUUCAAUAUACUGCACCCAGAGACCAAACACUUUGUUUCUCAUAAGAAUCAUCUCCAACAAGAGGUUGGAGUUGACUUUAUAUAUUUGCGCGACCACCAACUCUAUAAUUAUCUUUCAAAUAGCAAUAAUAAUAAUAAUAAUAAUAAUAAUAAACAAACAGAACAAGAACAAGAACAACAACCAACACCAGAGAAUUCUCAACUUCUAAAAGGAUCACAUAUAUAUCCAAUUGAUUCUUAUUUCUUCCCAAGAGAAUUAAGUCCACAGAAAUGGUAUCAAGAUAUGAAGCUAUCUGACCACAGACCAUUGACAACUACAUUCAAAAUAAUCUAUAAUAAUGAAAGUUAA